GUUUUGGUAGUGUCGACGGCCUCCCAAACCCAACACCGACCCAAGCCGAGCCGAGGCAGGGUUUUGCUCUCGAGUUCCCCCAAACCAUGGCGGCCUCUCGAUGUCUCCUCGCCCGCCGCCUUCUCCUCCUCCUCCGCCCCAAGAUUCCGCCUCUCUCCCCACCCCACGGCCUAUUCCGGGGAGAAGUCCCCGUGCGGCUGCUGCCGCCGCGGCCCUUCGGCGAGUGGCGGCGCGCGUUCCACGACGGGCGGCCGCGCGGGCCGCUGUGGCGGAGCAAAAAGCUGAUUGGGAAGGAGGCCUUGUUUGCUAUCCAGGGUCUGAAGCGGUUCAAGGGGGACGAGGAGAAGCUGCGGGAGUUCAUCAAGAGGCACGUGGCGCGGCUGCUCAAGGCGGACAAGCUCUCCGUGCUCGGCGAGCUGGAGCGCCAGGAGGAGGUCGACCUUUCUGUCAAGAUGUUCAGGAUCAUACAAAAGGAGGACUGGUAUAAGCCAGAUGUUUACAUGUACAAGGACUUGAUAAUUGCUCUAGCCAAGUGUAAGAAGAUGGAUGAAGCAAUGGAUAUCUGGGGGAACAUGAAAGAGGAGAACCUGUUUCCCGACUCACAGACUUAUGCUGAAGUCAUUAGAGGGUUCUUGAGAUAUGGUUCUCCAUCAGAUGCAAUGAACAUUUAUGAGGACAUGAAAAGAUCACCUGAUCCACCAGAGGAGUUGCCUUUCAGGGUAUUAUUGAAGGGUCUUUUACCGCAUCCACUAUUAAGGAACAGGGUGAAGCAAGAUUUUGAAGAGCUAUUCCCAGAGAGGCAUAUCUAUGACCCUCCAGACGAAAUAUUUGGAAUGCACUAAGGUUGAAGUUUUUAUGGCCACAUGAACAUGCACGAUUUAAUCAGACCAGCCAGUUUCCCAGGUUAUUUGAUUACCUGUAUCACAAGAAUUCAGAAUUUGUCAGGUGAUACACAGAGAAGUUGUGGAUGGUAAUGCUUCAAGGAGAAAUAAAAAGAUUUUUGUGUUGCUCGGAUUAGUUGUGUCUAUGGUUACACAAAGUACAUUGUUCAGGCGAUCUCCAUUUAUUCACUUUAACAACUGCCACUGCGUGUCUCGUAAUCCAGGAUCUUGUGAGGCAGCGUGAAGUAACAUUCAACUGUUGGGUCCACUUGUAUGAUUAGGUUGUUAGAGUAGUACACUGCUCACUUUUCAUGCUGUUCCUUCCCUAACCGCUUUAGAAACCAACUUUUGAUGAACAUGAGCACAUCUUUUUGCUGGUUA